AUGGAUACACGGGCAACUGGCGAACUGUUCAAGGCGACUGAAGCGGAGAUCAGGCAACAUACUGGCGUUGGUGAAGGAGAAAGCGGUGAAGACAACGCAAGUCAGGCCAGCACCGAAAUAUACGCGCGCGAAAGUACAGACUACGGUGUGAGUGAUGUGGGGUGCUGGAGUCCUGCAUUAGACUAUUGCAGCGACUAUAUGUCAAGCAGUCCAGACAACAGGGUUGGUAGCAACACACCAACCAAAUUAACAAGUGAAGGCAGCAACAGCGACGAUGAGUGGUAUCGAGGCGAAAUAGCAAGAGCGCCCACGCCGAUCGAGGUGUCAUCAGACAGUGAAGAUGAACCACGCCGAGGCGAAAUGACCAUCGCGGAGGAAGAUUGCCAACGUCCAGGUGAGGGUUAUGUGGAAUACGUUCGUGGCAUCACCAUGACGAUGCGUAUUUUUAAUGGAGCCACGCAGAACACCGAAGCAUGGCGACAACCACCUGCGCAGGCGUUGUGCGACGUAGCAGCGGCGACAAUAACAACUGAUAAUAGAGAUGACGAAGGCUGCGAAGAUGAUAGUGCGCUCACCCUGUCGGUGGAGGAAGACCGCGGGUUGGAGCAGUGGUUGGAGGAGUUAGCCAGCAUUGAAGCAGAGCAGGCAGACCCAGCGGUUGUACGGGAGAUCGAGCGAUGGUUGCAGGAAGAUGCAGCAAAACCAGCAACAAUACCCGUUACCAUGGGAACUGGUAAGGGUCACCGAAGAGCGGCUUCAACGGCAACCAAGAAGACGCCAAACAUUCAGGCAUGCGGUGGGUACAAUUGGGUACCGUGUUCGCAUUACAGGCGCGGGGAUGGUGACGAUCACGCGUCCAGAGAGAAGUAA